AUGUCCUACAACACACUCAAACUCCCUUCGGACUUGCAGCAUCGUGCGGAUCAUCUUCGUCCAAUCAGCCCUGGAGCCCCCACUGCCGGUUUAAGUUGGCCCUUCCCGCCUGCCUUCUCCCCAGGUCCAGUCAUGUCCGAACUCAAACUCCAGUCGCUCCGUGCGCAACGAUCUUCUGAACCUCUCAUCACUCCUCCUCCACCAAGUCUCACUGCCAGUCUUGACACGACGAAUCCUGCAUCUACCACACCCGACGCUUGGUCCGAUAAUGCCACAUCCCCCAGCACAGGCCUCGCCGGCCUCAUCGAGCCCGGAACCUACGUCGCCUUCCAGCUCUGUCCCUCCAUGAUCACCGAGCUGUAUCCCCAUGCGGCCGAAGCCAUCCACACCUUCCAAUACAAGAAAUUCGUAGGCCUCGUCACGGACGCGUUCAUCCAUCUGGACGAAUCGCCCCUUGAGGAAGGGAAGAAGGCGCGAUAUGUCCAGGAUCUGGUGGUCCAUUACGUCUCGGCUGUUCCUACCGAUCCGGUUGUCCUUGCUCGUGUACCGAUGGAGGAUUUGGCGAAUAGGAUCCCGAUUUAUCCUGCGUCUGCGGUACCCUCUGAUGCGGAGGGACAGGAUCAAGGACAGGAUCAAGAUCAAGAGCAAGAUGAGGAGGAAGUGAAGGUGAAGAGCGAGCCGCUGCGUACGAUGACCCUGUUCCCUUGGGCGAACUGCCAUCAGUGGACGACUCUCGGCAUCCGGCUUAUGGUCCUCGUCGAACAUCUGCAUGAUUCCUCGCUGAAGUUCGCGCUGCACGAGGAGGAAUUCGAGAGAUUCAACGAUGUCGCCGCCCGGGACCUUCAACGUCCACCUCCGGUGACAGAAUCCAUCGGUGUCAAUGAUUCCGCCAACGAUUCCUCCAGUAAGGUGACCGGUCCCGAAACUCAUGACGAGGACAGCGAUGUCGCCAGUGACGGUCCGCCUAAUAGUGAGGAAGGUGAUGCAGAGGUGGCGAUGGGUGACCUUAGGGUCGGAGACCACUCAGUCCCAGCGGAAGUUUGGAUGGAUGUGAGGGAGGCAUAUCCAGACGCAAGGGAUGACCCGAUCGGAUUUCCCAGGGAGAUCAUGAAGUUGUUACGUCCUGAUGAUGGUGCUGAUGACGAUCUGUCCAUUUCUGCUUAG